AUGGACGGUGCGGCUGGAGUCUCGCGAUGUCCAAUCGCUCCAGGAUCCAAGUUCAUCUAUAACCUCACCGUUCCUGAGAACCAGAGCGGGACGUUUUGGUACUAUGCUCAUUCCGGUGUGUCCAGAGCAGACGGGCUUUAUGGAGGCUUUGUAGUCCACGCGCCCUCCCUGAAUCUUACAGACCGUGGCCUAAAAUCCAAGGAGGAGGAAGCAAAUUACCGAGAUUUCUACUCCAAGGACUUGUUGCUUCAUGAUCGGCGACUGCCAGUUCCAGACUCGCUAUUAAUCAAUGGCGUGGGCCAUUUCAACUGCUCCAUGGCCGUACCUGCACGACCGGUGGACUGCAUCGAGCACUAUGUUGAUUUGUCAUAUCUGGAAUUUGACGAUGGCCAGUCCUUGACAGGCUUUACCCUGACUUUCAGCGACGGCGUUUUCGAUCUUAUUCAACUCGAUAGCAACGACGUCGAACCCCAGCCACAAGUCAGUUCGGCUGGCGUGCUCUUCCUCGGACAACACCUUUUUUCCAUCGCCACAGACAAGACCACCAGCCCUAGGGCAGACGUGUCUAACUUCAAGCUUUAUCCCAAACUCUAUCUCGAGACUGUCCCGUCUUCACGAGCCAUCCUUUCCUCACUGCCCAAACACGCCAACCAGACUUACGUCGUCUACACCAAGAUCCAGAAACUCUCCCAAAACCACAACAUCCCUUACGCCUUCUUUAACCGCACCUCGUGGAAACCGCAAAGCAACCUUUCAACGCCCUUUAUCUACCUACCCCGCGACAGAUGGGACGAAAACCAACUCUCUAUUACUACAGGACCUGCCCCGAUGUGGGUCGACCUGGUGGUGAAUAACCUCGACGAAGGAUCUCGCCCUUUUCACCUUCACGGCCACCACCUCUACGUCCUACACGUCUACAAAGCUCCCAUAGGCUGGGGCUCCUACAACCCCUUCACCGACGCGCAUCCACCAGGUCUAGAGCCUGUCGACAGUGCCAAUGCCACUGACAACGGGGUCGGGGGCGGGGACACUUCGCCAUAUGACCUCUCCCGCGCGGUACUGCGUGACACGGUCCAGAUCCCCAGCCGUGGGUACGCGGUUCUACGCUUCCGGGCAGAGAAUUCAGGGGUGUGGUUGUUCCAUUGUCAUAUUGUGUGGCAUUUGGCGAAUGGCAUGGCGAUGGUGGUGGAUGUUAUGCGUGAUGAGUCAGUAGAUGGCGUUGUCUCGGGUGGGCAGGAGUGUACAGCUUUAUAG